UUCAUCCAGGGUCCAGGAUGACGAUCCGACACCAAGGCCAACAGUACAGGCCCAGGAUGGCAUUUCUGCAGAAGAUUGAAGCCCUGGUGAAGGACAUGCAGAACCCGGAGACGGGGGUCAGGAUGCAGAACCAGAAGGUUCUGGUCACCAGUGUCCCUCAUGCCAUGACAGGAAGUGACGUUCUACAAUGGAUAGCCCAGCGGCUUUGGAUCUCCAAUCUGGAGGCACAGAACUUGGGCAACUUUAUUGUCAAGUAUGGCUACAUUUACCCCCUGCAAGAUCCCAGGAAUCUUGUUCUCAAGCCUGACAAUAGCCUCUACCGAUUUCAGACGCCGUAUUUCUGGCCCACCCAGCAGUGGCCGGCUGAAGAUACAGACUAUGCCAUCUAUCUAGCCAAGAGAAAUAUAAAGAAGAAAGGGAUUUUAGAAGAAUAUGAAAAGGAAAAUUAUAAUUUCUUGAACAAAAAAAUUAACUACAAAUGGGACUUUGUCAUUAUGCAGGCCAAAGAGCAGUACAGGACCGGAAAGGAAAGGACUAAGGCAGACAGGUAUGCGUUGGAUUGCCAGGAGAAGGCGUAUUGGCUGGUCCACCGAUGCCCCCCGGGAAUGAACAACGUGCUGGACUAUGGCCUGGACCGAGUGACCAAUCCGAAUGAGGUUCAGGUAAACCAGAAACAAACAGUCACUGCUGUCAGGAAAGAGAUCAUGUAUUACCAACAGGCCUUAAUGAGGUCCACUGUGAAGUCUUCAGUGUCCCUUGGAGGGAUCGUCAAAUACAGUGAGCAGUUUCUGUCCAAUGACGCCAUCAUGUCAGGCUGCCUCCCCAGCAAUCCUUGGAUAACAGAUGACACCCAGUUCUGGGACUUAAAUGCCAAAUUGGUGGAAAUCCCAACCAAGAUGCGAGUGGAAAGAUGGGCUUUCAACUUCAGUGAGCUGAUCCGAGACCCCAAGGGCCGGCAGAGCUUCCAGUACUUUCUUAAGAAAGAAUUCAGUGGGGAGAAUCUGGGAUUCUGGGAAGCCUGUGAAGAUCUGAAGUACGGAGAUCAGUCCAAGGUCAAGGAGAAAGCAGAGGAGAUUUACAAGCUCUUCUUGGCUCCAGGGGCGAGACGGUGGAUAAACAUAGAUGGCAAAACCAUGGACAUCACCGUCAAGGGGCUGAGACACCCUCACCGCUAUGUGUUAGAUGCGGCGCAGACUCACAUUUACAUGCUCAUGAAGAAGGAUUCUUACGCCCGCUAUUUAAAAUCUCCAAUCUAUAAGGAAAUGCUGGCCAAAGCUAUUGAACCGCAGGGAACCACCAAGAGAAGCUCCGGCCUCCCUUUCAUGCGACGCCACCUGCGCUCCAGCCCGAGCCCCGUGAUCCUGAGGCAGCUGGAAGAAGAAGCCAAGGCUCGAGAAGCAGCCAACACAGUGGACAUCACCCAGCCGGGCCAGCACACUGCUCCCAGCCCUCACCUGGCCGUGUACACCGGGACCUGCGUGCCCCCCUCUCCUUCCAGUCCCUUCUCCCCGUCCUGCCGCUCCCCCAGGAGGCCCUUCCCCUCACCCAGCCGCUUCAUCAGGAGGCCCAGCAGCGCCAUCUGCCCCUCACCCAUUAGGGUGGCCUUGGAGAGCUCUGAGCAGAAGGGGGAGGCCAGCGGAUCCAGUGCCUGCCCGGGGCCCUCCGACACGGACAUGAGUGAAGCCUGCGCCGCGGAGAACCCCUGGCCCCGGCCCCAGCCCAAGGCCCCACCCAAGGCCCGCGUGGCUCUGUCCUUCAGCAGGUUUCUGAGACGGGGCUGUCUAGCCUCCCCCGUCUUUGCCAGGCUCUCUCCCAAGUGCCCCCCUGUGUCCCACGGGAAGGUGCAGCCCCUGGGGGAUGUGGGCCAGCAACUGCCACGGCUGAAAUCCAGGAAAGUAGCGAACUUUUUCCAGAUCAAAGUGGACGUGCCUGCACGGAGCGGGGCCUGCCUGAUGGACCCGGAGGACGGCGGGACAGGAGACGCGGGUGACCAGGCCAUAGAGAAGGAGGUCAUCUGCCCUUGGGAGAGCAUGGCCCAGGGGAAAGCCAGCUGA